AUGACUGAUAGUCAGGACACUCAACCAAGAGUAGCCAGUGAAGAAGCUGCAGAUCCACUGGCAUGGCCGGUAGACAAUAGGGAUAUUGAUCACCCCACUGCAGCAGUCAGAGAAGAGCAACCAACAUUAUCCCCAAUACCUACGGCAAGAAGAAAGGCUAAAACAUCUGACGUAAUGCUGGAAGAUGAGCAGUUAGGGGCAUUACUACGCCAACACCCAAACCGCAUUGUGAAUUUUGCAUUGCAGCAAGAAGUUCGAGGAAUAUCUUUGGCAGAUAUCAUGUCUAACCCACCCACCCGCAGAAUCCUAAAUCGAUUAAUCAAGGAUACUGAUGAGGGUAAUGACGAAAAUCAAAAUAACAAUACUCCUGAGACAAGAGAUACGCAGUUUCACAGUGUCAAUGCAAUUUCAGCUGUUCAAACCAACCACCUAGUGCUGGUAGGACAGGUAAACACUGCUGCAAAGCAUGAAGUUAUUGGUUAUGGAGACACUUUCAACGAACACGAACAACUCAAGAAUCAACAGAUGGUCCGGAUGGAAGACAAGAUAUCUGGAGUUGUCUUAAUUCAAGGAGACCUUCCAGAAUGCUGGGCAGAAAUCUAUGAUUGCCGCGCACGGUGUCUCAUUGACAGUGGUUCCAUGAUGAACGUCAUGCGAUUAUCAGCAGCAAAUGCAAUGGGCUUAGUAGUAGAUAACUCAGCAGGAGCUGACGGACCCGGAGGUUUGGUCACUGCCAAUGGUUCGGUGGAUCCUUAUGUGGGAGUGGCUAUAGAUGUGCCAAUCAAAGUCAAUUAUAUUAGGAGCACCAUGGUGUUCCGCAUCCAGAUUACAGAUGUCAUGGACUACAAAUGGUCAAUGCAAAUGUAA